AUAUCCGGAAAAUAUUGCAUCCUUUGGUUUUGGGAGCAGGAGUAAACUUCCACCUAUGGCGGUUUCAUUAUCUCCGGUGAAAACUCCGCUUCUCUAUCCGCUCCACAGCAACUAUAUCAGCUCGUUUUGCCCCAAUUUUCCUCUCAGUUUGCCCUCAAAUUGCAACUGCAAAACUCGCCGCCGCCCCCAAUUCGUCAUCACUUUCUCUUAUAAAUCAAAGAAUGGAGCUAUUUCUACUGACAAGAAAAGGGAAUUGCUUGAAAGUUACGGCCUUAAUCCUGAUGAAUUUUUAUCGGAACCCUCUCCAAAGAUAAAGAGGAGAAAAGAGCGCACCAAGAUGGAAAUGGGAAAUGAAGUACUUUUGGAGGAUCCGAAACCUCCUAGGGAUACUCACAAAUUGCUGCAGGUUCUUGGAGGGACUGCUCGGAGAAAGAAAUUGCUCUCACCAAAGGGCAUGGAUGUGCGACCAAUGAUGGAAGUUGUAAAGGGAGCGGCUUUCAGCAUAUUGCAGGCCGCUGGUGGCUGUCCUGCAUCUCUAAGGCCCGGACGCUGGUUGGACUUGUAUAGUGGUACAGGAUCUGUUGGUAUUGAAGCUAUCAGUCGAGGAUGCUCUGAGGCGCAUUUUGUCGAAAUGGAUCCUUGGGUUAUCUCAGAUGUUCUACGGCCAAAUUUAGAGUCAACUGGUUUUCUUGACGCAUCGGUUAUACAUGCUGUUCGUGUUGAAAAUUUCUUGAAACGUGUGGAACAGUUUUUAGGUAAAAAUGGAGAAUUUGAUUACGUGAGUGUUACACCUCCAUAUAUGCUUGUAGAUUACGCAGUAUUGAUGAAUCAAAUUUCGAAUUCAUCAGUAAUUGGAGAGAAUACCUUUAUUGUGGUCGAGUAUCCAUUGAGAACUGACAUGUUGGAUUCAUGUGGCUGCCUUAUAAAGAUAGCUGAUAGGCGAUUUGGUCGAACCCAUCUAGCAAUAUAUGGACCACAGUGGGCUCAGAAGAAGAGAAAGUCAGAGACAUGAGGACUGUUGUAGAAAAGGUUUCAACAUAAUUCGGUAUUUUAUGGGUUCAAAUUCUGUUGUUGUCCAAAUGUAGUGAUGAAUAUCACAGUCGAGCCAUGAAUGGACCGUGCUAGUUUGGUCUGUUUUUUGGGGUCAUUUUCUUGUUUGGCUCUUUUGCAUUCCUUGGCUGACUCUCGAGUUUGCGGAGAUUAUAUGCUUGAGGUCUAGUCAGAAAGAGCUAAACUAGAGGUUGGUUUUAUUUUAUUUUAUUUUAUUUUACUAUUAUUAUUAUUAUUAUUUUUUUGUGAGAAUUGAGUUAUUGACAUAUGGAUGUUUAUAGUUGCUACAAAUCAACCAUGUAUUGGUUCCACUGCUAAUGGCUGCACCAGCCUAGACUAAGUUAAAAAAAGGUUAUCCAUUUGGCAAAAUUUAGAAAUGGUCAAAGUCCAUUUUCAUCCAUAUAUUUCAAUGGACACAAGAGUAUAGUCAAUUAAUUUAUUACUCACUUUUAUCUAUUUAUAAAUUCUUCCCAAA